GUCCCACCUGUUUGGAGAAGGACGAAAGUGAUAGGGGCUGGUGGUGCUUCCCCACCCAUCUGACAAGAAAAAAAAAAAAGAGUUCCGGGUUCUAUUCAGCCGAAAGCUUCUCGCGAUUGCCACUUUAUCACGGCGCUCACACGGCGGGGACUAUGUCUCUUUUACUGGAUAACCAAUUCAAAGAGCUGCCUCCCGACAAGGCGAUAGACACGAAGUUGUUCCUGGAUGCUGUGUCUCAUAUUCCUUCAUUUUUUGACUGCUUGGGAUCAAAUGUAUUUUCAGUGAUCAAAUCAGACAUUAAUGGCAAUAUAAUGAAAAUUAAAGGAGUGUAUCUUAAGGAUCCUGCGAAGUAUGUCUCCCUGCAGCACAUUGUUGAGGCAGAGCGAGAAGCCCAUGCAGCAGAAUGGCCUAAAGUUGGAGCGACGUUAGCUCUGAUGUGGCUGAAAAGGGGUCUCCGUUUCAUACAAAUCCUGCUCCAGAGUCUGGCAGAUGGAGAAAGAGAUGAAAACAACCCCAACCUAAUUCGGGUUAAUGUCACCAAAGCCUAUGAGCAGGCGCUGAAGAAAUACCACGGUUGGAUUGUUCAAAAGAUUUUCAAUGUAGCAUUACUUGCAGCGCCCUAUAAAUCAAACUUCCUCAAGGCUCUGUCAAAAGGAGAGGAAGUGAAAGAGGAAGACUGUCUGAUAAACGUGCGUCAGUUCCUAGUUAAUUACACGGCCACUGUAGAUGCCAUCUACGAGAUGUACACAAAGCUGAACGCAGAGCUGGACUACACGGUUUGAUGUCCCGGGACAUCUGUCAUACCGCUCAGGUGUAAGACAAACCCAGUUUCCAAAGUUUUUUUUUUAAAGAUUAUUUUGGGGCUUUUCUGCCUUUUAUGUGAUAGAACAGCUAGGUGAGAGUGGGGGGGGAAGACAUGAAGGAAAUUAUCAGAGGUCAGAUUCGAUCCCUUGACCUCUACGUCGAGGCACAAACCUCUCAGUAGAUGUGCGCCUGCUCUACCAGCUGAGCUAACCCGGCCACUCCAAAUGUAUUUUUAAUAAGAUAGGUAAAAAGGGUUUGUUGUACUAAAUGUCACUACUGUCUAUUUUGGUUCUUAAUAUGAUGAUAACAAUUAUAGCAGAAGGUUAUGUUUUUGUUCUUGUCAAGUAAUUACAGCAUUGUUACAGCAACAGUGCAGGUCUCACUAUUAUGCAGAAUGAUGUCAUUGCUUGUGAGCUGCUGCUUUAUUUAUAACAUUAACAGGUGGGUUUUUCACAUGUUCCAUCAAGAGAAGAAUACAAGACUGUAAGGUGUUUACAGUAACGCUGUUAUCACAGGGAACCAUUUCUGUCAAUGCCUCACAUUCAGAUGUCCUCUGCCUCUUGAGCCAUGAAGUUACAAUUUUAAGACAAAUUGACGUAAUUUAAAAUCAUUUAAAACAGCUCAUUUCAAGUGUGCAUUAAUCCACGUGUGCCUUGGUGUUUUUGUACACAAACACAAUGUUUUCAAGCUCAGAAUCAAUAUGUUUGCAAUUCUUUUUUUACCUAAAAAAGCAAAAGUUACCAGAGCCAGAACUAUUUUUCUUCUGAGAGUUUAACCUGUGUUUGUUGUCUGUGUUGAGUUUGAAGGUGUGGUCCACUUGUUUGUUUUGUAUGUAUUCUUCUGUGGCCUAUUUUGUCCCUAAUGGUCUCAAUUGACCUGAUGUCUUUUACUCAGACAUUAUGACAAUGUUUGUCCUGUCAGCAGACAUCAUGCGCCCAUUUAUUAAUAAUUACAUUGUAUUAUUUAUUAGAUCUGCAUUUUCUGAUUGAAUACUUCUAGAUGUGCUGUUUUGCUUUUUGGAUUAUGAACCACGAUCAAAUGUGUUCUUUUCACAUAAUCUUAACGUGUGACUGGAAAUAAAAUAUAGGUGAUGCUACUU